GUUGAGCUACACGGAAGUGAGAUUACAGCGUGUCGUUGUGUUUGAAUGACAGGAGAGCCUCGACGCGCCUGUUGUCUGAACACAGCUGGAUCCUCAACAUGGCACCUAAAGACCCUCUGCUCGGCACUCUCAAAGUUUGUGUGCUGAACCUUCAGUCAGAUGGAGAGAUCGUGACAGACACCAACCCUCACCUCUCCUCCUGCUGUGAGCUUCUGGAGCUGGUCCUCAGGAAGGGGCUCCAACAGCCAGUUCUCAGUCUGGUACACAGAGACUACUGGCACUGUUUCGAACAAAUCACCCAACAAGACACCUGUGGCAGGCUUUCUGCGCUGUCCUUGGUGGUGGAGCAGACCAGAGUUUGCAGGAAGCUGCUCUCAGCUCAGGGUCGAGGCCGCUACCUGCUCAGACUGGCUCUCAGUCGUAAGACUCUACCUCAGUUCAUCACACACCUGCUGCAUACACCCAGAGUCCUGGAGUGGUACAGCGCGGAAAUGUCCAUCCUCAGGAAUGAAGAGUUUUUAGAGCCUUUCAUGUCGCUGCUUCUGGUCCUCUCUCACAUGGACUUUAAACUGGACAUGGAGAAUUGCAGUUUUCUGGAUGAGAGCUGGCUCCUACCGGUGUGUGAGACAUAUGAAAUAGUGCCCUGUCGGGAGGUGGGGAUGGUGCUGAGGUAUCUCAGUGGGCGUGUCUUUGUCCUGGAGCUGAUACCUGGUUGUCAGGCCUAUGUUGACAAAUUUAUCUGUCCUGGUGACGUUAUUGAUGAGAUCAAUGGGACCUCGCUGAGGAAUUCUAAAACUGGACAGGCAGGUGUUGUUCUAUCUCGACUGAAGGGGUGCCCACUGUCCAUGCGUGUUUUGCGUUGGAAGGCCCACGAUGGGACGGUGUAUAGGCCCCUUAUCAAACUCCUGCAGGCGCUGAGGAUAGAGAACCCCACCCUGCAGCUUGGCCCUGUUCCCUCCCAGCAAUCUGCCUCAACAGAGCAGAAAACCUCUCCAUCACAGUGUCUGAAGGAAGGAAGGAUUGUUCAUAUAGUGCAGUUCCUGGGCAAAGCAAAUAUUGGAAUGUUUGGAGGCAAGGAGGUACUGCAGCAAGCCAUCCCUCUAGUACUGCAGAAAAACCUGCCAGGCAAGGAGGUGCUUCUAGAUCUGAAGGAAACACAUUUGACAUGCACUGACAGAAAAAGUAAACUGGAGCUGUUUGAACACCACUAUCCUGAGAUUUCAUGUGUAGGGAGAUACAGUCAACCAGACUACACCAUCUUUGCAUUUUGUGUGGCAGACUCUCCAGAAACCCCCCAGUCGACAGGCUUCUGCUGCGUGGUCCUCAGAGCCAGCACCAUCAAGGAUUGUGAGGAGAUAGUUUGUCGUAUAGCUACUGGUUUCAAGCAUACAGAGUGGUUUGUAUAAUUUGUGUAA